AUGGGAGUUGCCACCGAGAACAAUCUCCCGCAACCCUAUGCGGAGGAGACGAUUCUCGCUCUGCUGGACUCGAUCGGUCUCAGCCGUCCUGUCGCAAUCAAGCCCCUGAAGGUGACCGCUGCUUUCCACAUCAUCUACGUCUUGACCUACCCCCGAGCUAUCAUUGCGCCAUUAUUGCGAUCGGACAGACCCCUCCCCUCAAGUGGGGAAGAAAAGGAGGUGGACUUGAUCCUGCGCAUCUCCGGGAAUCAUGUGCCGCGCAUCAAGACGGAGAAUGAGACUGCGAUCCUGACGUGGCUGCGCGAGCACACCUCCAUCCCUGUCCCCGAUGUGGUUGCCUUUGAUGUGACCAGUGCCAACCCCUUAGGGUGCGAGUAUCUGAUUUGCAACCGGUGCCCGGGCCAAGCCAUCUCCGACAUCUACUCGACUCUAAGCGAGGCUCAAAUCGACUCGAUUCUGUUGCAGCUGAUGAACAUCCUUCUCGAGCUCCAUCAACACCACAUCACCGUCGGCCCCAUGCUGGACGAGCAUUUCUGGUUCACCGGUGACAUCCCGCGCUACUUCUCCAAAGAGGAAACCUUUACGACCCUCAAUUACCGCGGGCCCUUCAAUAGCUUCACCGAUUACGUCUCUGCCGCCGUGCGAUCCUACCUGCACGUGGCCGACAUCCAUCCCUCGCUGCAGAGCCCGCUGGCCCCGUAUCGCCCCCGUAUCGCCGCCUUCCUCGAUCGCCUCCCCGCGCUCGCCGGGGACACACCCACGGAGCGCGACUUCUACCUCGCGCACAAGGAUCUUCACUUUGCCAAUAUCCUCUACGACCCGGCCACCGACCGCAUCACUGCCAUCUUGGACUGGGAAUUCGCUGGCACCGUCCCCUAUCCACAGUGGGAUCCGGUCCGCGCCUUCCUGUGGAACGCGCAGCCCGGCCAGGAGUCGUUUGACGAGAAAUACCGGCUGCGCGAUCGGUUCUGGCAACUCUGUCGCGAGCACGGGGCAGCGGUGUUGGCCGAGACGGAGUGGCUGGACCCGCGGCUGGAGAAUAUGCAUUUCGUGCGGAAUGCCUUGCGCGGGAUUACAACCAAUGUGCCACGGGGGUUGCAUCCCGAGGCUGUGGAACGGUGGUUCGGUGACCUGGAGAAGGGGCUGGCUUACUUCCAGCUGUAGACGGAAG